AUGGAUCAACAAGUCGAGCGACUAGUCAACCAAACCUGGGAAAAAUUCGGGUCCACGCCAACCGGCACCCGGUUAAUGAUAGCCGUCAGCGGCAUCCCCGGGUCCGGCAAGAGCGAGCUGGCCACGACGAUGGCCAAACGCAUCAACCAGAUCUACGCAACCGCCACCCCGGGGUCACCGCCCAUCGCCACGGCCAUCCCAAUGGACGGGUACCAUCUGACGCGGGCGCAGCUGGCCGCAAUGCCAGACCCAGAGUACGCGGCCGCGCGCCGCGGUGCCGCCUUCACCUUCGACGGACACAAGUUCCUGCAGCUGGUCCAGGCGCUGCGCAAACCGCUAACGCCGCAGUCGGCGGAUGUGUAUGCGCCGAGCUUCGACCAUGCAAUCAAGGACCCCGUCGACGACGACAUCGCCAUCCCGGCGUCGUGCCGGGUGAUUUUCUUCGAGGGCAACUAUCUCAGUCUCAAUAAGGAGCCGUGGAACCAGGCUGCGUUGAUGAUGAAUGAGCUUUGGUUUGUGGAUGUUGAUUUUGAGGUCGCCAGGCAGCGUCUGAUUCGGCGGCAUGUCCAGGCGGGCAUUGCCAAGGAUGAGGCCGAGGCUGAUAAGCGGGCGAGGGAGAAUGAUCUGGUGAAUGGGAAGGAGAUUGUGGAUUUCAGGUUGGACGUGCAGGAGAUUGUGAAUAGCAACUAUGAUCCUGCCUGGGACCGGUCCUAG